CUGAAAUUCCGUCGUUCUGAGUCCAUGAGUACCCCAGCGCCUACGAAUACCGCACCGUCCGUCUCAAAUCUGUCCACAUCCAUGGCCACCGUGCAUAUCGACUAUGGCGAUCAUGUGCCACCUCACCCUGGUACACGUUCUGGCUGGACGCGAUUCGUAUGCAUCUCGGAUACACAUUCGCAUAUCGUCCCUGUGCCCCCAGGAGACGUUCUUAUCCAUGCAGGAGACUUGAGCAGCUGGGGAACCUUGAAACAAUUGAAGACCACCAUCGACUGGUUGAUGACUCUACCUCAUCCAACGAAAGUAAUCAUUGCAGGGAACCAUGAUUUAUGUCUGGAUAGAGCAUGGGUUGAAGGCAAAAGUUCACAUCGUGUACAGAGCACCAUAACUUCAAAAGAUGCGGAAGAAGCACGUACUAUGAUAAGAAGCCAGGCUGUCAGAAAUGCCGGAAUACACUACCUAGAGUAUGAAUCUCUAGAACUCUCAACGUCGUCAGGGAAAGUUUGGAAAAUCUACGGUUCGCCAGCUUGCCCACGGUUCGCGCCUGGAUGCUUUCAGUACACAACCAAGGAUGAGGCAGAAGAUAUAUACAGUCAGAUACCUCCUGACACAGAAAUAUUGAUCACGCACACACCGCCUUACCAUACAUUGGAUCAGUCUCGCAAGGGUGUCCACGCUGGCUGCAAGACUCUGGCUACAAAGGUGGGGCAAUUGAAGCCAUGCAGAUUGCAUGUUUUCGGUCAUAUUCACGAGGCCAACGGCGCGCACAUGCAUCAAGGCAAUCCUGAUGAGGGUCUACCCGACAGAGUGUCAGUCAACGGUGCAUGGGGAGAUCACUCGACCGUCAUAGUUGAUUUGAAGGAUGAUUGAUACGGAAAUGUGCAGGUAGCCGGAGCUUUUCUGCGUACUGUAUUGCACUCUAUUUCUAGUGUCUCUGCUAGUACUUACUCAUGACGAUGUGCUGCGACUGCUGGUACAUCGCCCCUCUGAGCAAUAAUGGAUGAUAGAAGACC